AUGGGUGCUUUACGACGACAGAGAGUCAAGACCAAGCGCCUCACUCGUGGCUUUGAUCAAGUUCGUGCCGACCUCGACUCGCCGCGCCAUCUCGAACAAUAUAAAGAAACCAAAGAUGUCGAGGACCUUCCAGGCCUGGGACGCCAUUACUGUGUGGAAUGCGCCAAGUGGUUUGAAAGCGAAUACAACAUGAACGCGCACACUAAGGGCAAGAAUCAUAAACGCCGUGUUCGUCAGCUGCAAGAAGAGCCUCACUCCCAAAAGAUCGCCGAGGCUGCGGUCGGAUUGGGAGUUGUCGACAACGGCAAAAAGAAAGAGGACGAUGUGGUGGCAAUGGAGGAUUGA